AUGAGUGGGUCGUAUACACCACCAAAGUUGUUCCCAGUCGACGCUAACGACGCGGCUACUCAAAAUACACAGCCCUUCCAGAAGGCAAACAAGAGGAAAGGUGUCGAUCGACCAUUCGAUAUUGGUGAUAAAAGCGAUCUUGCCCGGGGCUCAUAUUCCUGUGUAUCCACCCCAUCAAUCAUGAUCGACGAGCUUGAGAUGGACGAUCAUGAUGAUGAGGACUUUACGUCACAAACAUUUCCUUCAAAAUUUGAUAACGCAGAUCAGACAUUCGCUACCCUUAGACCUCAGCACUCGGAUGAUGAUAUUUAUCACUCCAUGUCAGACGUAGAAGACUCCCCUCUGCAUAAUAAUGCUGGUGACCUCGUCCAGUCGAUCAAAGGGAUGUACCGGGUCCUGGACUUGAUCAGUGAACAAGGGAGCGGUGGGCUAGUGGACAAAACUAUUAUUGCACAGGAUUCACUCCGGGCAUUCACCAAUACCAUUUGUCCCGGUGCAUAUGUGUCCAUGACGAAAGUCAACUUCAGCGCGCUGGAUGCCUUGAUCGUGAAGCCCGUUGGCAUAUACGGGAGCAAAAAGGAAAUAGCGCGACUUCUGUUGUCUCUUGGUGUUGUUGACGACCACGUAGCAGCGCAGCUUGUUGCAGACCACAGCGAGACCAGUGUUUCAACACCAAGCCUUCGUUCUGGACUUUACAUGGUUCGAACAAAUUGUGAAGCUAGCUCCGAUGAACAACUGUUCGUUGUCUACUGGCCUGAGGAUGGUACUUGGGAUGAUGCAGCUCCUUCCUCCAUGAAACGAAACCGCGUCACCUUCAUGCGGUACCUCACGAAAAUGUGUGAUCAACUCACAGCGCUCGUUUCCCCUGAGCAUUCUCGCUCUAUUGUAUGGAGUGAACGGGAAGACGAAGACACCUUGACGGAAAUGGAAGACGAAUCUGACAGGAUGUUUACGUUUGAAGUUAGGAAAUCCAACGAGCAAGAAGAAUCCGUAAAACCGCGUCCUGGAUUCCAGGCUACGUCCGAUCACAUAGCCAUGUCUCAGCCUGAUCCGGAGGCGACAGUGAACAUCGGACUACAUAAGCCUUGGCUAUUGCAUGGCGAGAUUACUCAAGGGUUCAUGACGGUCAGCAAUGUACUGGCCAGGGAGGUCACCGUUGCGUCAAAAUGCCAGUCCAUCAAUCGCUUCCGCUUAGGUAUUUGGUUGAAACAAGACAAUUUACAUGUGAACGAGAAUCUGGAUACCAACGCACUUCGCCUUUUGCUAGGCGCAGGCCUUGGGAAUCGCUUCCCGCAAUCGUACAGACAAUGGCAGCAGGAGUCUGCCAAUAUUUCAUCGAAUGCCAGGGACACCAAAGCAUCAACAGAGGCCAGAAUUAAGAUGACAUUGGAGAAGGAAUCGCCCCUUCUCGUUCGCACUAUUCACAGGGCAUUGGUCAAUGCCAUCAUUGGGGUAUUUCCCACAUUCACACAUGAUUCCUUCCCCGACCCAACUAAAAGCAAGCAGGGUAAUCCGAUAGCUCAAGGACUGGCCGAACCCGUUAUCGCCCCUUCUUGUGUCAUAGUAACGGGCUAUCCAGAUCAACUUCAAACUGUCAUUGAGCUAUACCCAGAAAUAGGGGAAUCAAUUCGUCGCACGGUGCAAAAGCUGCGCAUCGAGGUCAUUGACAGUCGUGAUUUCAAGACCUGCAAGGAGCGCGUUUGUAUCGUUCAAAGCCUACUUCGACAACUUCCCGACGUCCAGACGAAAGAUGAAGACUUCCUGAAUGCAAUUCUUCACGAGGACAUGAAACGUGUCAAGGAGUACCUCAGAAUCUUAGCACAUGGUGCUACACCGCAUGGGCAGCAGAAGGGAUUGCUUAACAAAGCUUUGAGUGGCAUUAAUUCCUUCAUCUCAUCUGGACCACGCUCCCAGUCCGUCGUAGAUCAGAUGCUCAAAGAUGCAGAAGCUUCUGCGUCUACGUUCAGUGAUGCUCAGUUCCUCGUUCAGUUGGAUGACGUCGAGAAGCUCCCUGUCAUGAAAAAAAUCGUUGCAGAGACCAGGGCUGUUGCAUUCAUGCACUUCAAAUCACUUCUGGCGAAGCAGACGACAAGCUUUGACUCAUUAUGGGCUCCGCAUACAAAUCGAUACAUGUCUGGCCCGGGCUCGUCGGGAAGCGGCACACUUUUCUCAUUGACGCAGUCGAAGAUGGACAAGUCCCUAUUAGCGUCUUCCGUGCAAAUAACUGGUUCAAGGCGAUAUUUCAAGCAGCCAAAGCUAAAAUUCACAGUUCACCUCAUGCAGUUGACUACGCAAGAUCUUCAUUCCUUGCAGUUCGAUCCCAGUUCGAUUCCUUCGCCCAAGUUUAGGAACUCACACUCGUUCAAGUUACCCAUUGGUGAUUCAGUGGUGAGAGCGCAACUUCUUCCAGGCGAAAAGAUCUUGCUUGCGACGACUGACCGGGUUGGAAAUUUGACGGUGUACCUGGAACACCUCACUGCUAUUGAGGGCGCCUUGGCUCGCGGCAGUCGCGGGAAACGGCUGAACCGCGAUAAAAUCGGCGAAUUUGUUCUUGCUUUCGACGAGUCAAAGCAUAUGCUCGGCGUUAUUGCCACAGAGAAGGCUACCGGCAGUGCGAUCAACUUGACUCAAUGGUACACCGAAGGGACCUCCAUUAGUCACGCGUGUUUUAUCUGCGGCUGCGAAGAAUUGCUGCUCGUUGAUACAUCCGCACAAGCAAGAGUCUACUCUCUGAUGACAAUGCAGUUCAGGCCUGCGACGCUCGAUCUCAUCCAAAUUCCAACAGCAGUUUACUCGACUCCAGAUGGUUCUUGCUUAAUCACGGCUCACGUCCAUGGGUCUAACUUGAAACUAACCGCCUACCACUGGAGCACGUUCGGCUCAACGGAUGGCAUCCCGCUCGAGAUCCCUGAUCUUCCAACUGACCAGCCACUGCUUCUGACUUCGCUGACUAGCCGGAAUAUCGUGCAUUUAGUCACACUCGACGUCGACACUCAAUCAUGUCGAUCUAUCGCUCUUGAUAUCACCCGGAAAGUGACAGAGUUCACCUUCAAAGAAAAGGGUGCCCGAGGAGGGCAUGCAAUGUCCGAGAACGUCAGCGGCACUGCCAAUAACUGUCUCAUUGACUGUCACGCCGAAGUGUGGACUCGCUUCCCAGUUCUUCCCGCCGUUCAGCGGGAAACGAUAACAUCGUCCAGUAGCAGAUGUCAGCGAACAUUGGUGUUCAUUACGGAUCGGGACCAUCAUCUAUUUGCGCCGCACUUCAAUGACCUUAUUUCACACUUCGAAAGAACGUCAAAGAAGCCAACCGGAAAUAUUCUCAAGUCACUGAUGGUCUCUGCAACUACAUUCUCCGAUUUCUCCGGUAGUUUCCUGUCAGGUACGGAGUGGAGUGUAUCAAAAUUUCGCGCUGGGGAGUGGCUGGCGGAGUUCCUCUGCCUCAUUCCUAUCCAGAUUGCUGUAACCAAGGAAAACCGGUUUAUUCCACUCAAAAACGGCGUGUAUUCUACCGAACUGGAGAAGUCCCUUCUCGGCGCGGAUGUCAACCGCAUUGUCGACUACGUGUCUUUUGGUUGGUAUGAAUCUCUAUUUCAGUCAUACAUGGCCAAAAAGCCACUGACUUUACUUGGUACCUUCAAGCCUGUCAAAGUUGUGUCAUCUAUGGGUGAACAAUCAGUAGGGAAAAGCUUUUCCUUGAAUCAUCUCGUGGAUACAUCUUUCGCUGGAUCAGCGAUGCGCACGACAGAAGGAGUGUGGAUGUCGGUGACUCCAACGAAAGAUGCUCUUGUAGUCGCUUUGGACUUUGAAGGCAUGUCGAAUCAGGCACCCUUGCGCAUCACUAUCGAGCGUUCCGCUCAAGAAGAUACCUUGCUCGUGCUGUUCAAUACUGCAAUUUCUAACUUGGUAUUAUUCAGGAACAACUUUGCCUUGAACCGCGAUAUCACAGGUUUAUUCCAAUCAUUUCAGUCGAGUUCGACUGUCCUAGAUCCAGCAGCCAAUCCGAGUCUGUUUCAAUCAGCAUUGGUUAUCAUCAUCAAGGAUGUCGUGGAUUCGGACAAAGCGGAAAUCACUAAAGAGUUUGCUCUUAAGUUUCAGAGGAUAGUCCGAGACGAACAAGAAGCCAACUUCAUCUCUCGCCUCCACGCUGGACAGUUGAACAUAGUUCCUUGGCCGGUUAUCGAAUCACGGGAGUUCUACAAGCUGUUCCCGACCCUCAAGCGUCGGUUAGACAAACAAAAACUGACGCACAAUACAGCAGGAGAAUUCCUUCAUACGAUGAAGACGUUGAUGGCGAAACUGAAGGCAAAUGACUGGGGAGCUCUCUCACUUCACGAAUACUGCAUCCCAGAAUCGAUGGCCUCGCAUCGAGCACAGCUUCUUCUAGCUGUGUUGCCAAAUGCUCUGGCAUUUGGAUUGCAAGAGAUCAAUCCUGACCCGGAACCUUUGAAGAACUUGGAUAACGACAUUCCUAUUGACAUGCCCGAUACUUCUUCUGAAUUUUCGUUGGCGACUGGGGGUGUCCAGCAAUCGUCCUCCCGCGAGGUCGCAUUGCAAUAUAUUUGGAUUGAAAACUUGACGAUUCACAUCAAUAGCCUGGUCGGUCUGCGCAUCGCUCACGUCGGCGAGUGGAUAUCGUCGAACGUCGCUCGUUUCCAAAGCGGGCAAGCUAGCAUUGACGAGCUUAUGAGAGCCUUCGACAGCGCAACAGUGGACUUGAGGAGCAACUGUCAAUUAGCCGACUGCACGAUGGACAGCAUACUUGCCAAACUUCCCAUGCUUGUAUACAUCCUUGCGAUUUCUGUGUUUCGUCUGGAGAGACCAAGGCUUGCUCGAUGUCAUGUGUUGUUAAUGCGCAUCUUUGUGGUCCAAAUUUGCGGCCUAUUCGGGAGACAGGGAUGUCUGGAUGAGUGUAUGAAGGUGAUCGGUCACACUGAAGGCGAUCAUUUAUGCGCUGCCACUGUACAUGCCUGUGGCCAGCCCUGCGAUCUGUCAAGGCUGACGUUGGCCGACUGUUCCACUCCUUGCCGUGAUACUUGUGGCGUUGCAAGUGUGAUGCCCGACUUUGUUCUUUCCCUUGCCAACUUUGCAAAAGACUCUGUACGAACACAGACCAUCUUCACGGCUUGCAGGACGGCGCUGUUCAUCUCUGCGGGGAGGAGCAUUUGUGUUCUAGGGCAUGCACCUGCUGAUGGCAUCUGCGAAAUUGAGACUACCCCUCAAUCGAUAGAGGCAACGUUCACCGGAAGGCACGAGACGUUCCAAUACACAAAGGUUCCGUGCUGUGUUUGUUUACUCCCAAGGUGUGAGCAUUGUGGCUACUAUUGCACAUUGCCGCUUGGUCACCCGCAACAAGAACAUGAAACUAGACACGGAUCCAUGUCUUCGUCUCGAUGGGCAGUGGAUGGCCUCGAUGAUACGGGUCUCGAGGUCGAAGGACGUCGCUUCUCUUCGAAUGACGAGGGGACGCCGAUGAUGUGCAACCUUGUCUGUCAGGCAUUGGGACGCCAUGUCCACAUCGACUACUGUCGUGCCCCGGACGCCUCCGCUUGCAGAGGGAAUAACGAGGUUCAGCAUAUUUCUAAGAGACUUAUGCCCAACCCGGAACGUGCCAAGGACUACGUGACGCACAAUCUCUUCUGGCGGCGGGUUGGCUUUAAGGAUCCUUACUCUAGAGAGGAGCAAGCAAAUUUCGCCAAGUGUGACUCGAUGUGUAGUGGACCUGAGCACACUGCUGCAGCCGGAAAUGCUGCUCAGCCAUCCUAUUGCACUUUACCUUUGUUUCACCCGCCAGUAGAUCCUAAUAAUACCCAAGUCGGUUUAGGAUACGUUUCCGAAGACGGACAUCUCUUUUCAUGCAGGAAUCCCGUGAUCAUCCAGCAAGCAUUCCAUGUAAUCUUUGUGGCUGAUAGAUCCUCCUCAAUGAGCCUUAGUGACAGACGUCCCCUUCCGAACACUCCUGCCUCGGACAGAAUUACGCAACGCUCUAACAACCGAUUUGGUGCCGUGCUGUCUUCAUUAUAUUAUUUCUGGUCUGCCCGUGCUGCAGCAGUCAGUGCUCAGCAGGGAGCCCGGCGCGACUCCUACAGUGUUAUUCUUUUCGACACGUCCACAACAGACGCCAUCGUCAACGAUUUUUCUAGUUCUCCCGACCAGUUGCUAGAUGCUAUGUUGCCUCAUUCAGCUUAUGGAGGCACCAGCUUCACUGCUGCGAUUCAACAAGCUCGAUCAGUUAUGGAACAACACUGGAGCUCAGAAAGGAGCCCCGUAAUCAUAUUCUUGUCGGAUGGCGAGUGCUAUAUCGCAGAUAAGCCUGUUCAAGAUUUGUGCCGCUCCGCGGUCCGUUUUGGCAAACCACUGUCUUUCCACGCAGUAUCAUUUGGUUCAGAUACAUCUUCUACAUACUUGCGAAGAAUGUCUCAAAUCGCGCUUGACAUUCAAAACAAUGCUCCAAGAGAUCCCUUGGUCCCAUCGGCAGCUACAGUCGCGUCUUCAUAUACGCAGGCCUUAGACACGGUACAACUCGCCGAAACGUUCCUAGGAAUUGCAGAAUCGCUCAGGAAGCCGAGAGGUACUAGAGCCAGUGUGAAUAUGGCGCAACAUACUGCGUCGGAGCUUGAGACACCACUCACUGCUCGACGAUCGUCUUCUAACGCCCUUGUCCUCCUGUACGACAUGUGGAGUCUUGUCUAA